GAAAAGUUCGAAAAGUGAGAUGGUAUUCCUUCUGGAUAUCUCGCCUUGUGCGGAAACUUGCGUUAAAGCUUUGUUCGCGGAAGGCAAGCAGCUGUUCAAAGAUACCAUUGCAAAUUCGAGAAGUUGGGAAGCGACGACAUCAGCACCCAUCAACCAUCAAUAGAGAAAGAAAAAAAAAACAGAUCAACCUCUUGAGCUUUGCAUCCCACUUUGAGCUUUCAUAAUCUUGCCGUCUUUUCGAUCAUUGCAACACCGCUCUCCACUAACUACUAGGCCAUGAUGCCUCGAUCUCUUCUUGUGACUGCUCUGAUGCUGACAUCGUCGGCGCAUGCCUUUGUCAUGUUCCCAUUAUUUGCAGUGCGAACGCCUACUACUACCAGCGUUUCUUCAUCCAGUGAUAGUAGUAAUAACGAGAAGAAUAACCAGUCGUAUCCUCCCGAAUUCCACAGAGCGGUGGAAUGUGCCAAGAAUCAAGGCAUGUGCAACGUGGACGAAUUGUUGACAUUGGCACAAGAAUUGGAGGAUUACGACGACAGUUGUUUGUGGGAGAUUCCCAUGAAUGGAGACUCGUCGAAAGAUGACGAUGAAGACUGCGAAACGGAAUUUUUGGAUCGGCUCGAUAUUGCCGAUUUGUUGCGGGCCGAACGAGAAAUGAUGCAACGCCGUGAAAAUGCCCUCGAAUUUUCCAAUCUAUUUCGUGAAAAAAUUGAACAAGAUGAACUCAGCAAAGAGCAGCAUGAUGAAGAUGAAGAGUGUCCACCCAAGGAAGUCAUUGACACAUACUCCAAGUAUUACGAAACAGUAUAUUCACAAACGGGAUGUGGGCCAUAGAGAAAAAUAUGAAUUGAUGAUUUGUUUGAGCAAGAAAGUUCACAAUCCACAAUCCACCGAACAAAACUAUGCAAUACAAAAACAAGAGUUGCCCCUUCUUUUAUGCCAGACCUUUCUGAUUCCAUUCCAAGAAAGACUCCCAAGACCCAUGACAUGCCCAUUCGUUUGGAGUUGCCUUAUCAGUUUCAAUACGUUCUAGAUCAUUCCUUAUUGAUAAAAUUACUUACGUACUUUCAUCAAAGCG